CACACAGUUUCAUGAUCUGCUUCUAGGUAAGAGAGAAGCAGUCUAGAUCCUGAAUUCUUUCAAGCCCCAUGAUUUUGUUUGAACAGAUGUGAAUGUUAGCCCGAGAGGUAUAUAUAUGAUUAUGUGUGACAAAGAGAUGGCAUCUGGACUGAACGCUUCUACCGAGACCGUAUAUGGUGAAGAGAGCGCCUUCACACAGACUGAACACAACAUUGUUGCUGCGUACCUCAUAACUGCAGGGGUGGUCAGUCUGUCUAGUAACAUUGUGGUGCUGCUGAUGUUUGUGAAGUUCAGAGAGUUGCGUACCGCCACGAAUGCUAUCAUUAUCAACCUGGCUUUCACUGACGUUGGCGUAGCCGGGAUUGGUUACCCCAUGUCGGCAGCCUCAGACCUGCACGGGAGCUGGAAAUUUGGCUACACAGGCUGUCAGAUCUAUGCUGCCUUGAAUAUAUUCUUCGGGAUGGCUAGUAUUGGACUGCUCACCGUGGUUGCCAUUGACCGAUACCUCACCAUAUGUCGACCCGACAUAGGACAGAAGCUGACAACACUAUCAUACACUCUUCUAAUUGUGGCUGCUUGGCUGAAUGCUGUGUUUUGGUCAUCUAUGCCCAUCGUUGGUUGGGCAGGAUAUGCUCCGGACCCCACAGGAGCCACCUGCACCAUCAACUGGAGGAACAAUGACGCCUCUUUUGUGUCCUACACAAUGACUGUGGUGACCGUCAACUUCAUCAUUCCUCUGGCUGUCAUGUUCUACUGCUACUACAACGUCUCUGUUACCGUGAAGCGGUACAAAGCCAGUAACUGCCUAGACAGCAUCAACAUGGACUGGUCAGAUCAGAUGGACGUUACCAAGAUGUCCAUUAUAAUGAUAGUGAUGUUCCUGGCUGCCUGGUCUCCGUAUUCAAUCGUCUGUUUGUGGGCAUCGUUCGGUGACCCCCAAAAGAUUCCAGCUCCAAUGGCCAUAAUCGCCCCACUCUUUGCCAAGUCCUCCACCUUUUACAAUCCUUGCAUCUACGUCAUCGCCAACAAGAAGUUCAGGAGAGCCAUCACUGGAAUGUUACGAUGUCAGACACGACAGAGAAUCACUAUUAGCAACCAGCUUCCAAUGACGGCAUCAUCCGCGCCACUCAACCCCUAAACGACGAGACCACCAGAUAUUUAAAUAUUCAUAAAACAUCAGCGCUGGACGCUUUCUGUCUGCUCCAAUGUUUAAAGUAGUGUUUAAUGUUUCAUAGACCUCAAUUACUUUGAAGUUUCAUACGAAUGCUAAAUGUCCUUAUACCACAAAUGUCCUUCCUGCAACUGAUUCAGUGUAGUCCGAUAGUGUUUAGUCUGAUGCUUUUUACCCUUUUUAUCAGUCCACCGCAAAUGUUGUGAAACUGCUGUUGUUGAUACUGUAUUUACGUAAAAUGUUUUCAUUGGAAUAAAAACAAUUACACUAGAACAUGCUUUAUCUUGAAGAUUUCUCUAGUUAAAUAAAAGGCAGGAAGACGCUACAUGACUUUUUAAAACAGAACUGAUAUCACACACUUCCCGGCAUCUCCUGCACAAACAUCAUGAUAAAUGAAAAUUUUGUUUUGAAAUAUUUAACAGGUUUGAGUCUGAAGCUAAAAAAAUUAUGCCUGUCAUAUACUAUGUAAUAUUCAAUGCAAUCUAUCUGCCCAAAAUAUGCAAGCUGACUUUCAAAACUUGCCCAAAUUGAGGCAAAAAUCUGUGCAAAUGAAGUUAUGUGGUGUAUUCCAGCCCUUAGCCUU